UUGUUUUCGUCAGGCAAGACGAAAACGAAAAUGACGUCGUCAGACCCCUUUUUUCCAUGACGAAAAUGAGACUAAGACGAACGUCACCAAAGCCAUAUAAAGACUAAAAUGUGACGAAAAAUGUAGACAUUUUCGUCAGACGAGAACUAGACGAGACUAAAUUGUUAGUGAGUGGACGAACAAAGUUUCAAAACAUGCUUUUUUCCCGCCAACUAUAAUAUGCGCGCAAUGUCAAUCAAGAGCUCAGACGUCACGAGGCACACACACACACACACCAUGGCAGCAGCAGCAGUGGUGCCGGGUGCGGGUGGUCGUAAGAAGAGGGAUGAUUUAUGGUCCCACUUCAGAUACAGCCCACAGGCCAAUGCCACAGAAUGCCUUGUACGGGCAGUACGGGGACAGGGAGCCGAGUCGAACGACGGUCACGGAGACGAAGCCACGACCGUCACCACAACUUCAUGCUGCGGCUUCAAACUCGCAGGAAAAAAUACCACAAACCUCAAAAGGCACCUGAAGGCCAGCCAUCCUGCUAUUUUUGCGAAGAUCCCAGCGAGCAUAACCCCAAAGAAGAAACCAAGUGGAGUGCAGCAGCAGACCUCCUUAGAAAAGUCAUUUGCAGCGGCAACGAAAUAUGACGAGAACGAUCGGGAACAACUGAGAAAAGAAAUGGCAAUUGCUUUAUGGAUCGGUCGGACAGGGCUUCCUGCUUCCAUUGUGGAGGACGAAGAAUUCAUCCUCAUGAUUGAGAAGUUUGACAAGAGACUGACCAUCCCAAAAAGAACUAAAGUGAACAAUUUAAUUGAUAAAGUAUACCUUGAUGCCAAACUAAAAUUCAGAGAGCAGCUUGCCACAGCACAAAGGAUCACCAUUGGCCUGGACAUAUGGUCCAAGAAAGGCCUCACAGCCUCAUUUCUUGCCAUCAGUGCCUGCUACUAUUGCCCAGACGACAAAAAAGCAUGUCACAUAUUAUUAUCUCUGAUCCAGCUUACUCAUCCACACACGGCAGAGAGCAUAAAAACCUGUGUUGACCGGUGCACAGAAGACUGGGGUGUACCGCAAAACAAAAUACUGACAGCCAUAACGGACAACGGGAGCAACAUGGUAGCUGCAUUCAAACCUGUAGAGGAGGAGGAGAGUGAGAGCAGCAUGGAGGACGACUCCCUGGAGAGCGACAGUGAAGACCCUGUGCUGGCUACAGACGAACAGAGGUAUGGAGCGAUGGUGAGGACCCCCUGCGUCGUCCACACGCUACAGCUGGUGGUUGGCAUGAUAAAAAAAGAAACAAGUGUUAACAAACUUCUAGAUAAGGUCCGUUCACUGGUGAAGCUCUUCCGAAAAUCUUCCGUAGCAACUGAGAGGCUAUUGAAGGAGUGCAAAUUAACUCUGGUGAAGGACUGCCCCACUAGGUGGUCGAGCACCUACAUUAUGAUCAACCGGCUUCUUCAAGUAAAGGACUCGGUUGUGAAAGUUGCGGAUGGCAUGACGUGGGACUAUCUCCUACCAAGUGAAUGGCAAAAGCUGACCGCUGUGAAAGAAUUGCUCUCCCCCUUUGCUGAGCAUACACAGAUGCUGCAAAGCGACACACAGAGUCUGUCCCUUGUCAUUCCUGCCCUUCUUGACCUACAAGCUCACCUGUCUGACAUACUUGAUGAGCAGGGUCAUACUUUCAAGGACCUAGGGUCCUUGGCAGUAAAGAUGAGGGCCAACAUAGAGCUGCGAUUCGGCUGCUUUCUUGACAGCACGCACUCAAUUCUCACCCCUUGCUGCUGCUGCUUGCUUCCUCGAUCCAACAGAAUCACUCCUCACGAAUGAUGAUUUACAAAUUCAGGACAUUCUGAGAAAAGCGCAAGAGUACAUUGUUCAGUUGGUUCCACCAGUAGUUCGUGAGGAGGAGGCUGAGGAAUCGGAGAAGGGAGAAGGAGCAGCAGCCGAACCACUGAAAAAACGGUCAAGAUUUAAAUAUUUUUCCAAAACACACCGACCAUCCAAGUCUAGCCGGCCAAAACCGUGCGUCAGGCAUGAAAUGGAGAAGUAUAAGCAGGAACUGUCCCACUUAACUGAAGAAGAGUGCUCAAGUGCCCUUGAGUUUUGGAUUGCACAGCCGGAUCAUGCAUAUCCUCUCCUGAAACCCAUUGCCUUAGAUAUUAUAGCCAUGCCUGCCUCUCAAGCAUUUGCCGAGAGAGUGUUCAGUGUUACAGGUGACCUCAGUCGUGGUCGUCGCAACAGAGCCAGAGUCAUUUUAGAGAGAAGUGCUUUCCUCAAAUUGAACCGGUAGGCUACUGAGGCUACCUAGGCCCAGUUUAUACUGGCAGCUUAAAUCUGGCCUGAAUCAGAUCUGUGUCAGAUCUACAAGCUCCAAUGUUGUGAUGUGACCCAUGUGGAGCUUGUAUGUCUGAUCUGAUCUGCCGCAGAUCUGAUUCGGGCCAGAUUCAGGCCGCCAGUGUGAACCUAGUAGUGGCAAGUUACUUGACUUAGUUGACUUGUAUCAUUGAUUGUACAGAUUGUAUUGCGCUUCCAUGUUGAUUCUGUUUGGUUGCCUUAAAUAUUUGUAUUUGCAGAGCUGGUUGCCUUAAAAUUUCUGUUUUUAUGUAUGCAGAUCUUUGUUUUGUUUGAUCUUUACAUAUUUGGAAAUCCAUUCAUGGCCAUGUUGGGAUUUUAAUGUCUCUAUAACUUGACUUGUGGUUGUGAAACUUGUUUGUUAAGAGUAAGAUUACUGUUCCCCAACCCCUCAUAUUUUAGUAGAAUUGCACUAGGAGCCACAUUGUGUUACCCUCCUACUUCAAGUUCAUGUGAAGUCAAGUGAGCUUUAUUUUUGUUUAAUCAUAUUUUAUUGUGAUACAAUACUCAUUGUGUGCCAUUGUGUUGUCUGCAACAAAAUAAUAAAAGAAAAGGUAGAGAGAAAAAAGUCGAGAAAAAAAACAAAAACUCACCUUUUGAAAGUUA